GGACGCCUUCCGCCAGGCGCUGGAGAAGGACCCCGCAGCAGACCUUCUAUCUGUUGUCGGGACGAGAUAUAUUAGUGCACAUCGUGUUAAUCGAUUCACGGGUCUAUCUGAGGCCAGUCGGCUUAACUUUAAAACCGUUUAUCGUGUCCAAGAUCAGGUACAUUCCCGACCCGAAAUCAACUUGCGCGAUGCUUUCCCCGCGGACUACGAUCGCCAGUACAGAUAGGCCAAGCCAAAGGAAGAAGACAAGUCCCCACCAAUGCGCAGCCAGAACCGCCGCGCAACUGGCUUCGCGAAAAACUUGAAGCUGUAAACACUGCUAGCAUCAUCUACCCACUAUCUGCCCAGGCGUUGGCGCUCGCCAAUCAACAUCUUGCGGCGGCUGAUUCUUCUGAGAAAGUACCCCUUUCAGUUGCUCUGAAAGACCUGAUCUUGAAGUCUGACAGACUUUUCGAACUAAGGAUUAGAACCAGUGCUGUUGUUAGAUGCAGUGACGACAUUGUUAUCAAGAUCUUUCCCAGCAGUUGGGAUCUUACUGAGUACCACAAUCUCCAGUAUCUCGCUGAAAAUGCCCCCGAUUUACCAAUUCCUAAGUCUCAUGGCCUCAUCAUGCUUGGUAAUAUUGGUGCCAUGUUUAUGUCAUAUGUUCCAGGGAUCGCCAUGCACCAGGUAUGGUCACGCUUAUCCCAUGAAGGUAAACUAUCCAUACAAAAACAGCUGGACGUUAUAUUCUCUCGCCUCAGAAGAUUACACCAGGAAGACGGAACUGAACUUGGGGGCGUACGCGGAGAAGGAGUCAAAGAUCACCGCAUUAUGGAAACUCUCGCGUACAAAGGCAUAACCACAGCUAGGGGUUUUGACGAGCUGCAGUUCGCGGCAAGGCAUCGCGCCAGUCCUUCCUACGUCAAGUUACGUCGGUCUUUCUUGGAUGAAGACAACAAAUCCCUAGAAGGUUCUGUAUUUAGCCAUGGUGAUUUGAAGAAACCCAACAUCAUGGUGCAAGAAGACCCAGGGAAUGCCGACUUUUACAUGGUCACCGGGGUUAUCGACUGGGAGGACGGUGGUUUCUACCCUGAGUACUACGAGUCUACCAAGUUGUCAAAUGCACAAGGCAUCAUGUCUGACGACGAUUGGUGCCUCUAUGCGCCACACUGCAUCUCCCCCUUACGGUUUCCUGUACGCUGGCUAGUUGACCGAUUCUGGGGCACUCUUUUAUGGAGUUGGAGGAACUGACAUAGCGCGAUGAA